GCUCAUUGCUGUUCUGUUGUCACUUUGACAGUUAACGUCAACAAAAUUCCUUUCAAUGAAUGAAAGUUCGAUUUAAUCUUAGUGAUUCCGCUGCGUGAUUGAUAAGUCACGUUUCUAGUUAUAGUUUAGUGGAUUUAGUGUUACAAAUUAAAAACGAAACGAAAAUGUCAAUAUUCGGUGAUAUACUUAACAAAAAUGAGCAGAAAAACAACCAAGCGAGUGCGAAUUUGUCGCCUUAUCUGAAUUUUGAUCCUCAUUACAUACCGAGGAUGCAACCAGAGUUCUUAUAUCCUGAUGACAGUCACAUGGCUUCGACUGCAAGAAGAUCGAACGUGGCUCUGCCCAUCAUCGGGAUGUCUUUUAUGACCGGUUCAGGUUUAGGAGGUAUGGCAGGAUUAUAUAAAGGACUCAGAGCUACAACUCUAGCAGGUCAAGUCGGGAAAGUGAGAAGGACACAAGUAGUUAAUUAUGUUAUGAAGCAAGGUACGACUACAGGCUGCACACUUGGAAUUAUUGCAUCGUUUUACUCAUGCAUAGCCCUUGGGGUAACUUGGCUUCGAGACAAAGAAGACACAGCAAACACUUUCAUAGCAGCCUCAACCACUGGUAUCAUUUACAAAAGCACAUCUGGUCUUCGUUCAAUGGGUCUUGGUGCAGCUACCGGUCUUACAUUAGCAGGGAUUUACAUAUUACUAACAGAUAAUGAUAAUAUAUGGAGCAAAGCUAAAUAUAAUAGAUUCUGAUCUAACACCUGUCAGGAAUAUAUACAUAAUGUUAUGUUUGUCUUAGGGGAAUUAUGCCAAAGGAUCUCUUGGUCAUUCUAGGUCUUAUUUGCCAUGGCCUGGGUGAUUGAAUGUGGUUCUGUCUUGAUCGUAUCACUCCCGUGUUGAGACAGGAGCACAUAAGAUGUUAUAAUUUAAAUAAAAAAGAUGAUUUGAAAAAUUAAA